AUGUCCAAGAUCAUCACCGUCUGGGGCGCCACCGGCAAUCAGGGAGGCUCCGUCAUCCGAGCCAUCCUCGAGGACCCCACCAUUGACAAGCAGUUCACCAUCCGCGGUGUCACGCGCAACAUGAGCAAGCCGGCGGCCAAGGAGCUCGCGGCCAAGGGCGUCGAGGUUGUCGAGGCCGACAUGUCGAACCCCGAGGCCGCCGCCGCCGCCGUCAAGGGUGCCCACACCGUCUUCCUCGUCACCAACUUCUGGGACAGCAUGAGCGUCGACGUGGAAAUCGCCCAGGGCAGGACCGUCACCGACGCCUGCAAGGCGGCCGGCGUGCAGCACCUUGUCUUCUCCUCCCUCAUCAACACGACCGAGGCGAGCAAGGGCAAGCUGCCCAACAUCAGCCACUUCGACAGCAAAGCCAAGAUCGAGGACUACAUCCGCCGCAGCGGCGUGCCGGCCACGUUUGUCCUGCCGGGCAUGUUCAUGUCCAACUUCACCACGACGAUUCGCAAGGGCGACGAUGGCAGCUACGCCUGGAUGCUGCCCGACGGCGUGUCCUUGGAUAAAGCUCGCACCCCGCUUUUCGAUGUCAAGGCCGACACUGGCAAGUUUGUCAAGGCCGCCAUCAAGCACUUCCCCGCCCAGGUGGGAAAGCACAUCUACGCGGCGACCGACUACUACAGCCCCGAGCGCCUGCUGGCCGAGUUCGCCGACGUCAUGGGCCGGCCCGCCGUUGGCCGGCACGUGUCGCACGACGUGUUCAAGUCCUUCCUGCCCGCGCCGGCGGCCCAGGAGCUGCUCGAGAACUUUCUGCUCAUGGAGUCGCCAGGAUACUACGGCGGCGCCGACCUGUCGGAGAGCCUGAGCCUGCUGGAGGAGAAGCCGACGACGUGGAAGGACUUUGUGCAGCAGAACAAGCAGGUGUGGCAGUGA